AUGGACUCGGACUGCAUCAUCCUGAAGAACAUGGACUGGCUGUUUGGGGUGCCCGAGGCGGACCUGUCCGCGCCGCGCGCCUACUGGCUGGACCCCGGGGUGCUCAAGCCCGGCUGCGGCAGCACCACCUGGAAGGCCAACGACGGGCCGCAGGUUGGGCUGCAGAUGAAGUUCACGUCGGCAGUCAUGGUGGUCAACCCCAGCACGCGGCUGUGGACGCGGAUCUGGGACAGGUACUUCCCGGGGGGCAAGCCCAAGCUGGACGUGGGCAUGUACGACAUGGACCUCCUCAACAUAGAGUUCAAGGACGAGGCCGUGCUGCUGCGGGGGGAGACCAUCAUGAUCCUCUCCCUGCACUACGCGAUGGCGGCCGUCGACCCGCUGCAGUACCCGUUCAAGAGCAGGGUCAGCCGCGACGAGCUGUACGAGAUGGCCGGCGUGGUGCACUUCUCCCCCACCAAGCCGUGGACUGUGACGUCGCGGCAGUCCAGGCCGGGCGCGCACGAGCGGUUCUACCAGGCCCACGAGCUCUGGACGAACGUGUCGAAGCAGGUGCAGCCGCACAACACGCCGUUGCUGUCAACCGUGCUGCUGCUGCAUGCUGUGGGGGUGCCUCCACCCACUUCACCGCGGCUGCGGCGCCGCGUGCUGGGCGUCUGCAAGGCAACGGUGCAGCAGGCGCAGCAGCAGACACAGCUGCAGCGCGAGCAGACGAAGCCACAACACAGGCGGCAGCAGCAGCGGCCGCCCGCCCGGCGCCUGGCGGCCGAGUGGGAGCUCUCGAUCCCCGCCGAUGCGGGCGCGCGCGCCAUCACGCGCGAGAUUAGCGGCUGCCGCAGCUGGAGGGACCUGCGGGACACUGCCGACCGCCACGCGGCCGACCUCAACCCCAUACACGUCGCAGCGCUGCUCGCGAAAGCGGCCAAAUUCGUGCCUCCCGACUCCCCUGCUUGGUCGAAAUCCGCGGCAGAAGUGGCAGCGGAGGAAGGCGACGAGCUGCGGCAGUGGGUCACACGCGGCCUGCUGCCGCUGUUUGACGGCAAGCUCGAAGUCCUCGGACCCCGGGGCACCGCCAACGGCCUGUGGGCACUCGCCAAGGCCGGCUGCCCCCUGCCGGCGCCGCUGAUGCGCCGCGCGGCCGGCGCGCUGCUGCAGCACGCGCCGCGGCUCGAGGGGCAGCACCUGUCGUCGUUUGUGUGGGCGCUGGCGCGGUGGGCGCAGCUCCCGGAGGAGCGGGCGGCGGCGGCGGCAGUUGCGCGCGAGGCGGCGACGACGAGCACACAGGCGCACAGCCAGGAGCCGCAGCGGCAGGCAGCCGGCCCAUCAAGCAGCAGCAGCGGUACUGAGAAUGGCGGCAGUAGCAUUGCCGGUGAUGAGUUGCUGACAGGGGCAGCGGUGGAGUCAGGGCCACGCGCGGCGGCGGCGGAGCUGGUGCCCGGCUUGUCGCCGGCGCGCCUGCAGGAGCUCCUCGACGCGGCGGCGCACUGCCUGCCCGCGGCGGGCUCCCAGGUGCACUCCAACCUGCUCUAUGGUCUGGCCUGCCUGCGCCACCGCCCGCCGGCGCUCUGGAUUGCAGGGUUCUGGGCGGCCAGCCUCCCCGCGCUGCCGGAGGCGCAGCCGCAGCACCUGAGCAACGCGCUCUGGGCCGCCGCGCGGCUCGGCGCGCCGCCGCCCGAGCCGUGGCUGCGCGCGUGGGCGGCGGCUGCUACCCGCCGGCUGCUGCGCAGCACGGCGCAGGGGUGCAGCAACAUGGUGUGGGCGGCGGCGACGCUGGGGUGGGACCCGGGGGAGCAGUGGAUGGCGGCCUGGCUGGCGGCCACGCGGCCGCGGCUGGUGGGCUUCCCCGAGCAGGCGUUCUCCAUCAGCUGCUGGGCGCUGGGGCGGAUGGCGCGGCGGCGGCGGCUGCGGCGGGAGGCCGCUGAGGUGGACUGGCAGCUGGGGGAAGCUGCAGCGGGGGCGGCGGCGGCGGCGGCACUGGGAAGCGGCGCUGGUGUCUGCGGCGACGGCACUGAUGGUGAAUCAGGGAAGGAGGCUGAGGCUCUGUCGCGCGGUGGGGAGGAGGGGCGGCCAAGUGCACCAACGCGAGAUCAGCCGCAGCAGGAGCCGCAGCAGCAGGAGUACGCGCAGGAGCAGCAGCGGGAGCAGCAGGAGCAGCAGCAGCAGCGGGGCCAGCGGCGGGAGCGCGAGGCCCACGGCAGCGCGCCCGACGUGCGCACUCUCACCGACGCCUGGGUGGCCUCGGGGCUGGCCGUGGCGCAGGGCCGCGCGGCGGCCUACACGGCCCGCCAGCUCAGCACCACCCUCUGGGGCCUCGGCUGCCUGCUGCCCGCCGGCGGCGGCAGCAAAGGCGGCGCGGCGGGCGGCGGCGCCGCGGUGGAGGCGCUGUUUUCUGCAGCCGCGGCGCGAAUGGGCGAGAUGAACCCCCAGGAGCUUAGUAAUGUGCUGCUGAGCGCUGCGCGGCUGGGGGUGCGGCCGGGGGCGGCGUGGAUGGGGCUGUAUGAGGGCGCGUCCGCGGCGCUGCUGGCGGACUCGCACGCGCAGCACCAUGCAAACGUGCUGUGGGCGAUGGCGCGGCUCGGGCAUGUGCCAGGGGACGGCUGGGUGGCGGCGCUGGCCGGCGAUGCCGAGGCACGCCUUUGGGCCGCCGCGGACGAGGCCGCGGCGACGGCGGCGGCGGCGGCGGCGGGCGCUGCGGCGGCGUUGGAAGGGGAGAGCAGCGGCGGCGGCGACGGCGGCGCCGCGGGCGUGGAGCUGCC